ACUUGUGUUUGUGAAUGUCAACCUCCCAUUUACUCGUCCUACUCCUAUUUGGUGCUGCUUUACUCAUUCCUCUGACCAUCAAAAGGCAUCAUUCAAAUUACUGGAUAUGUCUGCCGAUACACUCUUCGACGCGCGGGACCAUCUCCUGACGGUUCCUCCAUACCAUGCCCAUAGAAGCUAUAUGAAGAGCUUGUGGAUAGUCCCAGCGGUUCUUUUUGGGCUUUAUAUGCUCACCCUCAUCGGGCGAUUUGCGGCGACCACGGUUCACAUAGGUUGGGAGGCUACCAAGGACACCGUCAAGCGUAAAGCGAAAUCGGCCGUAUCAAUUGUCUCUGGGUCUUCCGUCGCUCCCCCUUCGGUGACUGCAGCUGAAAUUGAGCCAAUUGAAGGGGAGCAUUCGAGGGCUACGACUGUCUCACCUACAGACGAGCAGGAAGAAGAAGAGGAUUGGACCUCGUUAUGGCUUCGGCGCCUUCAUCGUGCAUCUCGGGCCGCUCGCAGAUCCUUUUUGUUGUCAACCGUAAUUGCCACCUUGGCUUCCUUGCCUAUUGAAUAUGCCUGUCGUGUUCAGCCUAUUGAUGGGACUCCGGGUGCUCCCAUUCCACUUCCUCCGUGUGGAACUUGUCUUGGGAAUGCAGCUAGCUUGCCGCUCACUAUUAUGCAGUGGGUGUUCUUGGCCCUGUCAGUGGCGUGGAUUUUCCUCGAUCUCUUCACAUCACACGCAUCUACUGUGGCUGGCACGCACUUUGUAAUGACGCUCCUUGCUCAGUCCCUGGUCUUGGCAUCGUUCAUUUUAGCUUUCAAGCACUGGAGCAACUUCAGACGUCGCUCGUGCUAA